CAAGGGGGCUAUCCCUGUCUGCUCAGUCAGCUUCUCUCCAUGAUGUCCAUUAUCCUGCCCUUGUUGUGUCUCUCUCACUGUAUAAUACACAGAAAGCAAAAGCAAGGAUCCUCCUCUCUUGCAGUAGCCAUCAACCUCACUUCUUCCUUUACCCCCUCAUGCAGUGCUUAUAUGCUAUAUGUCCUUCUCUGCUCUGCUUCUCUCUUUCUCGCGCUUUCUUCUCUUGAACUUGCAACUGUGAUCCAAAACUUUAUCUUUGGACCUUUCAGAGCUGGGAUUUAGAGGGAUUUGCCAUGGUUGCACCUGCGGUUCUUUCUCAUCGGCAAUCACAUUUUCUUGAUUGGUGAGCUUUCAUCGAAGAGUGAGCUGAUAGAAUUUGUUUGGUUGUGAGAAGUGAUGGAGCAAAGGAAAUUGAAUUUAAAUGCUCCGCUCCUAUCAGUGAGGCGAUUCUCUAAUAUAGCAACAACUUCAGAUGGAGCCAAAACGAAGAAACUUGAGAAUUCCCGGUUCAAUAAACGCCAUACCCUUCCUCUGUAUAAACCAGAUGCGAGUUUGGACCAAGUAACUGAACCAGUUGCAGUUCCUUUCCACUGGGAACAGAUCCCCGGUAAAGCUAAGGAUAAUUCUUUGGAGACGCCUGCAGUCCCUGAGGAGGCUUCUAUUACUCCAAAUGGUCCUCCUAGAAGGUCGAUGGAUAUUUUAAGGCACCAUAAAGGAAAGCGUGAGUCUAAAGCCCCCAACAAGGAGGCCUCUGUUACACCACGGAUUUCUUCCAGAAAGGUAAUGGAUGUUGUGAAGCACCAUAAGGAAAAGCCUGAGCCUAAAGUCCCCAAGGAUGUAUCUGUCACUCAAAGGAAUCCUCCUAGAAGGGUUUUGGAUCUUGUAAAGCACCACAAUGAAUCGAAAUCCAAAGAUCAAAGCGUGUCCAUGCCCAAAAUUAAAGCAUGUUCAUCCAAUGAUAAAGUAAAUAAAUUGAAUUGCUCUGGAGAGGGAGCAAAUGAGAAAGCAGGUUUGGAUUCAGACAAUGAUGAUGAUGUUUACUCAGAUGCACUUCAAACUUUGUCUCCAACAGAUUCAAUCUCCAUGAACUGUAGUGCAACUGGUCUGAGUGGCUUUGAUGUUCCGCUUGUGAAGCCAUCAGGAACCUUCACCACGGAUCAACAAACACGAGAUUUCAUGAUGAGUCGCUUCUUACCUGCAGCCAAGGCAAUGGCCUUAGAGCCAGCUCAUUAUUCUUCAAGAAAGCAACCUAUUGUAAUUGAACAAUCAAGACAAUUUACAAAGGUGGUUCAUGAGAAUAGGACACCACCUCCCAUUAAAUCUCAGUCUUUUAUUAUCCCACGUUACGGCCAGGAUAUAGAAGAGAAAGAAAGCGAAGAUGAAUGUGAUGGGUAUGAAAAUUCUGGCGAUAUAUCAACUAAAGCCUGUGGUUGGUUUCCUCGUUUAUGCAUUAAGAAUUCGUUGGGUCUCUUAAAUCCCAUUCCUGGGUUGAAACUUGGGACUCAGGCUUCCAUGUCUUCUACCAAUGAUGUUGAAAAACUGAGCAGAGCUGCUCAUAACAGAUCUUAUAGUCAAACUGUGAAAAAGCACUUUAAAGAUGCUGCUAAUAAGCUAAAACAAGAUAGUGGAGGGCAAUCUCCUAAGCUGCUGGAGGUUGAGAACAAGCUGUCCUGUUCAUCCAAUCGGUUCAUCUAUGGAAGUGACCGUCAAACAAUGAGUCGGACAUCUCCUUUUAGGCGCUCAGCUGGCACAUCUCCUUUUAGACGUGCUGGGUGUGUAUCUCCUCAUCGCAAUGAAGCGCCUCAAUCUGCCUUUCGUGGCAGGGGAUUUCUGGGCAUUCCUAAAGAGGCUGAAGAUUUGAGAGCCAGUAGGCUGAAUCUGUACAAGGGCAUUAGCAAGUCUCAAGAACUAUCAUCCUAUUAUGGGUCUAAACGAUGGUCUCGCCCAGCAAGCCCUAUUGUUGAGAAGACAUUGUAUGUAGAUACUGUACAUAAGGCAGGAAUAUUAUUCCCAGAUUCUCGUUCUUCAAAUAUUAAUGAGUAUGUGGACUCUGCAAAACGAGACUUCAAGGCACCAUUGAAAAACAGAGAAAUAAAAGAAGCUGCUGCUGAAGAAUCCUAUUUUCAAGAUGCAGAAUGCCUGAAUUUUCUGGAAGGAGAGAGUGAACUGGAAAAUAAGGUCUUCGGGUCUGCAGAUGCUGAUUCAGCUUCUCUCUCAGAUAAAACAAACAUGAUGGACGAGCAAUCUAAAGCAUUGGUGUGUAUAGGUGCAACCACUGAUGGAAAUGUUAAUUCUGAUGGUGAACAGAUUUCAAUAGAAGAUGAUCAAGGACAUGUGAAAAACAGUAUAGUACAGACUCCUCUUCCUCCAAUUCUACCAAAAACACCAUCUGAAUCUUGGCUUUGGCGAACUCUGCCUUCAAUCUCUUCACAAAAGCCACCUUCGCAUUUGUAUCAGGGAACCAGUUUUCAGAGAAAAUGGCAGGAUCCUAAGAUGUCAUCUACUAAUACCAAAUGGGAAACCAUUGUUAAAUCAUCUCAUUUGCAUAACGAUCAUGUACGAUUUUCUGAGGAAUUAAUUCCUCAUGCUUCUGAACACUCCAAGAGUUAGAGAUGCAGAGCUCUUUCAAUUUUUUUCAACAAUAACUGUUUCGUUUGGAUUCUUUCCCUCGGAUAUCCUCAAAGGCGAUUGAAUUCUUUCAGCCAACAUUUUUUUUUUGGGAGAUCAUGCUCCAAUUGUUCAAUCCUCCUAUGGUAGGUAGAUGGAAUUCAGCAGUCAGUUUUUUGUUGAGGUUUCUAAGUUUUCAUAACCCUCCUUUUGAUAUGCCUGCUCGCAUUCAUACAGGGGUGAGGUGAUUGGCUGAUAAGCUUUCUUGUACCGCUGGUUUACAGCUUAAGCUUUCUGUUCUCUUUUUAUGGUUUUGGAUUCUGUUGAUCCCUGUGUUUAUAGAAAUCAGUAACUCAUUAUGUUGAUGAAUGGAAUUACACAUUUAAUAGU